GAGAGCAACUAUCGCACUAUUAAGUCGCGGUCACACGGUGAUAGUUAAACGCGAUAGUUUCUAUCGUGAAAGCUGCUAUCAAGAGACUAUCAUCGUGCGAACCGAUCGAUAGUGACUAUCAAACUAUCACGAAAGCGACUCUCGUACUAUCAUGCGAGCAUGAUAGUGUGAGAGUAGAUUUCACGAUAGUGAUAGUAAUUAUCAUCGUGCGGACAGUCGAAUACCUAUACUAUCAUACUAUCGUAGUGUUUGUGCAUCUUUUUUUUUUGAAUAACGUAUUUAGAACGUAUUUUAUAAUUAUUUAUCAAAUAAAAAUGUCUGAUACGUUUGAUAUUUAUAAAUUCCUAGAAGAUUACCAGAGAUUUCCAUGUCUCUGGCUAAAAAGCGACCCAGACUUCAAAUUAAGGCACAAACGUGACGCAGCGGAGGAAAUUAUUUUGGAAAGUUCUGGCCUAGGAACAAUAAAAAAUCUACGGCUCAAAAUAAGAAGUAUAAGAUGUACAUAUAACCAGGAAGUAACAAAAAUUAACAAGUCAAAGUCUACAGGAUCUGGUACUGCAAAUGUUUAUGUUCCAAAACUGCAGUGGUUUGAGUAUGCGGACAAUUUUUUGAAAAAAAAUAAUGAUGGUGUUAAACAAUCAGAAACAAAUCUAGUAAGUUUUUAAAAAUAUAUUUGUUUGCUACAAUAUUAA